GCCAAAGUGAAGCACAAAGGAAAGGACAAAGAUAACGAUCUUGAGGACGGCGACCGCGAGAAGGAGAAGGACACAGACCGCGAUCGCGACAGGAAGCGGCGCGAGCGGUCGCGCAGCCGAGACCGUGGCCGUGACCGUGGCGACGUGGUGACGAUCGACGAGAUUGAGCCGCCACUUGCCGCAGCAGAGCCUGCCACCCGCCGCAGCCCGAGCCGGCAGCAGAGCCGCCACCCGCCGCCGGCUGCGGCGGCGGCGCCGGCAACGCCGCCAGCGGACGAGGAUGAGGUCCACCAUGGCAUCACUUGCGGCAGGUGCCAUGUGACUCCCAUCAAGGGGGACCGGUUCAAGUGCUCUGUGUGUCCAGAGUACGACCUCUGUGAGGACUGCUACGAGAAGAAGGGAGAGGGCUUCCAUCCACCGCACCGCUUCUUCGUCCAGAAGGUCGUGACCAUGCCGCCGCCGCUAAGCGAGGAGCCACAGCCCGCGCCGCUGCCAGACGCCCCGGCACUGAGCUCGUCGGUCACCGCGCUGCCUGCCGCCAUGUUCGCCGGCGGCCAGGAGCACGUGGGUAUUGGCUUGGAGAUGGCCCGGAUCGCCGCGGCCCUGCAGCGGCAGCAGUCGUCGCCCAGCGAGCCCCCCCCUGCCGCUUGGCCGGCGCCGGGCUUCCUCACGGGCCAGCCGCCUCCGAGGGAACCGCCUCCGAGGGAGGCUCCCCCAAAGGAGGCAACGCCCCCGCCGGCACCCGCUGCGGACCCGAUUCCUUCCGCUUCCGAGAUGGCCCCGUGGCUGGACGCGCGGGUGCCCUGCAGCCUCUGCCAUCGCGCUUCACCGUCAGGCGAGGCACACGGCGUCGUGUGCUACCGGCGCAGGAAGGGCGGCGCAGAGGGCGGCUGCAGCCAGGGCGUGUGCUGGGAGUGCAUGGAGAGCAGGCCUCGCUCUGAGCUGGGCAUGGUGCGGACCACCAGGGACGAGCUGGAGUCCCUCGGGAAGCAGGGCUGGUGGAUGCACGAGCGCUGCAUGGACCCGGCAGACUUGCGCGCUUAUUUUGGCAGCGAGAAGGACGUUGCGCUGGCGCGGGCAGCUGCAGAUCAGGCCGACGCGGCCCAGCUCCACGGAGGCGCCAGCCAGGCCGCCGGCAGUUCUGCGGCGCCUGCCGUCGUAGACCCCAUUGAAGCCGUCAGAACACGGCUUCGGGGGAUGUCUGUCAAGGAGCUGAAAGCGUACCUCGAGCUCCACAGAGUGGACUUCUCCGGGCUUGUGGAGAAGUCCGAGCUGCUCGCCAGGGCCCUGGAGCUCGCCAGCAAGGCAACCAGCAGUCGCCAGAGCUGGCGCCCCAGGUCGCCUUUGCACCAAGCCCGUCAAGCAGGAGCUCGCUGGGGUGAUCUGCCGACGAUGCCGGCCCGACGGAAGAGUUGCAGGCUGCGGAGAUGGCAUCUGCUGGCGGUGCAUGAAGAGGGCGCCCAAAGACUCUUUUGGACAGGCCGACCGUCGCCGCAAGAACAGGGGAGAAAGGGCGCCCAAGUGGACGGAGAAGGGG